AUGGCUACGAGGAGCAGGAGGCCUGGCCAGGAGCCCCCAGGGAGCCGAGGUCACUCCCACAGAAAUUACAAAGGGAUGAGCCCCAAGGCACCCCUGUGCUUUGCAGAGAAAGGAGAAGAUCCAGGCUCCCGUGAAAGCCAGAGGAAGGACGGCAUCGUGGAGACCAGACAGGGCUCGUGGGGCACAGGAGCUGAGCCGUCCUUGGGAUCUGGCCUGGAGGGUAGGGCUGCUGGAGCACGCGUGCCGGGCAGCUCAGGCACACACACACACACACACACAGUGGUGGAAAAGGCUGGGCCCUGGAGAACUGAAGGAAUCCUGCCUUGGGGUGGAGCCACUAGGGUCAGACUUGGAGCCUCCUCUAGUCUUCUGGAGCCUAGAAUCCAGACCACUCACUCCUCUCCUCUCUCUCCACCCACAGCCAUCACCAGGCAGAGCCAGGUGGCCCAGGGCUCCAGGCACAAGCGAUGGAGAAGCCCGGAUGGCUCCCUUGACAAGCCCCACAGAGAAAAUGGACAGUGGGAGGAGCAGGGCGGGGGAGGACCAUGGCCAGCCCAAAGGAGAAGAGAGGAGCAGCAGGCUGACUGCGCUGGAGAAGGACGUCCUGGCAGAACAGGUGCUGCUGCCCACUCUCCUUGGCGCCUCAAGGGCAGGAGGACCCGGCCCAGAUCGCCAGUGAGGACCCCCCGCCGCAGACGGCGCCCGGACAGCCGCGAGGCCCGUCCCGCCUCCCCGAAGCGCCGCCGCCGCCACCUGGAGCCGGAGGCGCGCGAUCCCCUGGCGGCGGUGACCAGCAGACUCUGGCGCCGGGUGGGCGCGCUGGAGGUGGCGCUGGACGAGCUGCGGGCUCCGGGGGGAGCCUUCCUGCCUGGGCCCUCCCGCCGCACGCCACCCUCGGCCUCGCAGCGCGCCUGGCUCGCCUGGCAGCUGGCGCACGCGGGUGCGACCCUGCACUGGGCGGCCGCCCGGCUCUACACCCUGCUGGCCGCGCAGCCCGAGCCUUAGGGGCGCACCGCGCGCUCGCCUCCCCGCCGGCGAGCCUCCCUGCCGCGAGCCGGUCGGAUGAGGGCGCCCCUCGCCGGGACAGACGUCCCUGGCCGCCCGGUGCGCACCGGCACCCCCAGCUCGCCACCAGCCUGGCCCAGACCCGCGGGUGCGCGGAACGGGUUUCUGUGGGACCGCAGCUCCGCGGCCACCGGCGCCAGCUCAUGACACCGGCCAGGUGUCCCGAAGACACCCCGCGAGGGUGAGCCGUCAGAGCGAAACCCUUCUGUGCCUCUGGUGGCCUCCGAUCGCUGGAGGGACGGGAUUGGUGCUUUCUGGUCCCUCGGCGUAUCCCUGUUUUAGCCGAAAAAUAAAACACACGUGUCCUUUUUGGGGGGAGGGGGACUGCUGGAGACCGGGUUUCUUCAGGACGAAGCUUGAGAAGCUUAAACCCCUAACAAGGCUUCUACUGUGACAGGGGAGCCACGAGCCACGGGAUGGGUGAGGGGCUCCGCAGGGUGUCUGAGGCCCAAGUGAAACCACGUGUUUCCUUCCUUGCGGAAAGCCUCCUUUACACGGGUUCCAAUAAAUGUAU